UACAACUUGGCAUACCAAUUAGCUAGUGCCGUGUCAUGUUUACAUAAUGAAGGAAUCGUUCACCGUGAUUUGCACUCCGGUAAUGUAUUAAUUCAUCAAAAUACUGUAAAGUUAUCCGACUUUGGACUGUCAAAAAGAAUUAAAUCAUCAUCUAACACACGAACGAAACUUUUUGGAAUAAUUCCUUAUGUUGAUCCGAAAAAAUUUGGUGGACGAAGAAAGAAUAAAAACUCACAAAUAUUCUCAUUAAAUGAAAAAAGUGAUAUUUAUAGUGUUGGAGUAUUAUUCUGGGAGAUUUCUAGUG